AUGUCUGCGGUGAAUCUAUCACAGAAGUCUAUAAUAUUCGUCACUGGUGCUUCUAGAGGUAUUGGCCAGACAAUAUCAAUUGAGCUAUCUAGAAAGUUGGAUCAGAGUUCCGUACUCGUGUUACUUGCUCGAUCUAAGAAAGGACUAGAGGAAACCAAAGCCCAAAUUUUAGAAGUUGACAAAUCUCUAACAGUUCAGACUUAUGUCACAGAUCUCUCAAAACCUGACAAUGAAGUUUUCACUAAACUAUUUCAAGAAAUUCUGAACUCUGUUGAUACAAAAGAUAUUCGAUUAGGUAUGAUCGUCCACAAUGCAGGACUCACCGGUACAGUUAAACGUACUACUGACUUGACAGAUUUAGUAACGUGGCGUGAACAAUUUGAUCUUAAUCUAUUUUCUGCAGUUAUGUUGAAUAGCUUGUUUAUCAAGCAUAUUAGACCUAUCGCACCGCAACUGGUGGUAGUUAAUAUAACUUCCCUUUGUGGCCGCGCCCCUUUUGCAAAUCUAGCCAUGUAUGGAUCAGGAAAAGCUGCUAGAGAAAUAUUCUUCAAAGUAUUGGCUUUAGAGGAGCCCCAUAUUGUGGUAUGUAAUUACUCUCCAGGCCCUGUUGACACAGACAUGUUCAAUAAUAUUAUUGAAACUGCACAAUCUGAAGAGGUUCAGAAAGAAUUCAAACAGGUUAAAGAAACAGCAGUAUUGACUCCCUUUCAGACAGUUAGUAAACUAUUGGAACUGUUAGAGAAAGGAGACUUCAAAUCUGGUGACACUAUUGAUUACUUUGAUAAAUAA